CGGGCGUGAGGGUUAAAAUAAUUGAAGAAUUUGUAUUUUGUAAACACAAGUUAGGCGGGAAUUAUCUCAAGCUACUGAAGCUCAAAUUAAACUAAAGAAAUGGAGAACAGUGAAAUAGAGGAUAAGCACUUUUGGUUAGCUGCAGAGGAUAUUCAAAAAACACUGGAAUACACCAAAGAAGUACAAGAUCAACUUAAGAGUUAUGAUUUUAGUAAACGUGAAAGAAUAUUCCAAGGAAUCAGUUCCAUUUACGAGAAACUGAGGAACUCUGAAAGCUACUGGAGACAAACGGAAAUUGAGAUUGAGAAUGAGAAGACGAAAGUUGAAAGUGAAAUUAAUGAAAUGUGUCAAAGUGUCGUCCCAUCAAGCAAGACUCCAACAAUUGAAAAUGCUCAGGAAACUGUUGAGGAGCUGACAGAGAGUCUAAGAGAAGAGAAACAAUUAUUAAAGACUUUAAUGCAAAAGACUAAAGACAGGGAGUGUAUCAAAUAUGAGUUUAAACUACAAAAGAAGAGUCUACCAGUUCAUUUCAAUGAAUCCUCAACAGUUGAUACUGUUCAAGGAUUUAUGAGGAGAGAUGAUGGAGAGAUUGAGUCCUUUUCAUUUGAUAUCAGUAAAUGUGAUCAUGUGGCUAUAGCUAACUCACUCUGGGGACUAGCAACUAAUGGAGUCAACGAAGAACUAUUAACUAAACAAAAUUAAAUAAAUUGUAUAUUUAUAAAAAAAUUAUUACAUAGUGAGUUAUUUUUUGAAGGAUUGCAAUUACAAAAAUAAAAUUAACAUGGCGCUUAGAAAUUAAACCAAUCCAUUCAG